CUCAAGUGGCUCGCGCGUGACUAGCUGUCAAACAUGGGGGACGAAAGGCAACCCUUAUUACAACAAGAAAAUCAUGGAGGUGGAGGAUUCCAGACCACCGUAUCGCCGAUCGGGCCGGACGAGCUGCCACCCCCUUACACGGCCGCCUCGCAGGGUGGAGUCCCGAUGGUGACCUGCAGGGUCUGCCAGGCCAUGAUCGACAUCUCCAACAAGAGAGAGCAGCACGUCGUCAAGUGCAGGGAGUGCAGCGAGGCCACGCCAAUCCGAAAUGCUCCGCCUGGCAAGAAGUAUGUGCGGUGCCCAUGCAACUGUCUGCUUAUUUGCAAGAGUUCCUCUCAAAGGAUCGCCUGUCCAAGGCCAAACUGCAAGAGGAUCAUCAACCUGGCGCCCAGCCCGGUGACCCCACCGGUGCCUACCAUGCCUGGAAUGUGUCGGGUCACCUGUGGUCACUGCCACGACACUUUCCUUUUUAAUACGCUUACAAAUGCUCUCGCAAGAUGUCCACACUGCAGAAAAGUGUCCUCGGUUGGACCAGACUUUGCCCGAGGCCGUGGCAUCCUCUUUGCCAUUGUUGGACUGAUUUUCAUUGCCCUCGGCAUUGGAGUCACGGUUGGCACUUACCAAAUGGUUAGGACCAAUGGUGGAAUUUACGUAGCCUAUGUUGGUGCAUUCCUGGUUGGUUUGUUGGCGUUUGCUCGCAGCUUGUACUACUGCACGAUGAAAGUAAGUCUGAUCGAAGGGCCCAUGUAACGGCCCGUCGGCCACCGUAGGCCCCGGGAAGAAAGCACAGUGUCAAUCGAGUCAGAACCAACCGAUAUUCUAAUCUCAACGAGGAUGAAAACCAUCGAGGUUUGCCCCUAUCGCUGCUGAUCUAUUACUUAACCACACACAACAAAAGAAAAAAAUUCUGUCCACUUUCAAAUCACGAAUGAUGUUGAAUUCUGUUGUCCGGUAGGUGCUGCGUUAUAAUAUUUUUUUAGCAAUCGAAUCUCUGAACUCGAACAAAUGAUAUCUACGUUGUGAGCAGCUUUUUGUGCGAUACUAAAUUUUAAAGUCAAAUUUUUUAAUCAUUUUUAUACAUUCCGAAGAAGUAGGUUAUCGGUCGUGCUUGCCAACGUUAUUUCUGUGACUCCUCUCUGUCUUGCUUGCAAAAAUUUAGCAAAUGUAAUGAUGGAACGUACUCGAUAAUACUUAACAAAAGUGCCGAAAAUAAUUUUUGCUGUUUUUGUAUCCAGACUACCCUUUGCUUCUUACCCGAGCUAGAAUCCUGUGCGAAUUUGUUUUUAGUCUUCAGGGGCAGUCUCGUUGCAACAGAUUGGCAAGGCAAUACACACAGUUGAGUUAAAUCGCCUGAGGAGUAAUUUUUUGUAUGAUUUGAUUAUUUGCAAAAUGAGAAAACGCUACGAACCCAUGGUUUGUUGUUUGUUAUUUUUGUAAAAAUGAUUGAUUUUUGUACAUAAUUCUACUAGAGAGCAUAUUAUAUGAAUGCAGUUGUAAAAGAGGCGCUGCGUGAUUCGUUAAUUGUGAAUAAUUAUUUUCUAUUCUUCUUAUUCAAACUGCAACGCUUAAGGAUUAAUUUUACUUCCAGAGAAAUAUAGUUACGGCCUUCAUUUCCAUUCAUUCUCUAUACAAUAUUAUAUCUGCGUAUUUUAUAGUUGGAAAUAAAACAGACCUUUAAAGUAAAAACCUCUAAAAUUA